GUAACAGGUUUAAGGUAUGGUUUGUCUGGGAGUUGGAGUUCUUUCACCACCGCAGAAGAAGAAGAGCGAGCGGGCCGAAACUACAACGUUUACGUCCCGCGGUAGCAGUGACGCUCAAAGCACGCGACACCGUCAUCGCGAAGACGAGUGACACCUGCGCAGACCAAUCACAGCAGAGCCCGUCCAGCCGACCAGCCAAUCAACUGCCGAGGCUUCAGACGUCGGUUUAUGGUCGGGACGAGCCGAAAUGGACGCCCCAGCCCCAGCCUCAUCCUCAUCACCCCUCAAAGAUUUUUAGCGGUGACACCAGCAACUCCAGUCCGCCACAUCCUGGCCCCGCACAAACGCAGGAACCCUUUUCUAUGACACAUCCAAUUUAUGCCCAGCUUGAUUCGGUAGAAUCGCUGUUGGACGAACUCCCAUAUAUGUUUUAUCUGGGCCUGUUCUUUGUGAACGUCCUGAUCCUCUACUAUGCCUUUCUGAUGGAGUACAUCGUCCUGAAUGUGGGGAUAGUAUUUCUGCCUGAGGACAUGGACCAGGCGCUGGUGGACCUCGGGGUGCUGUCCGACCCGGCCUCUGUCCCAUAUGACACGGACACGGAGCUGGAUGUGUUUGAGGGGUACCUUGAGUGACAGGGCGGUCCUGGAGGACGAAAAGUGGAUUUAAGUGGUGGGAGUGGAGGUGGUGGUGGUCAUGAAUCAGAGGUCUGGGGAGGAUUGGGCCAGCCUGAACACUCCCUGCUCAGUGAUGUGGGGAAAAAAGUGGAUGCUGCCCUUUCCUCACACAGAUAUAUCAGUGAACAAGUUGUCUCGACUCAAAAGGAGGUAGCCCGAGGAAGAGAUUCAGCGCCGACGGCCGUAUGAUCAACGACUGUGGGGAGGAAGCACUCUGCACUGGAUCAGCUGUUAGCCAGUCUGUUGCCAUUCAAAAAACUGGUACUGGGAUCUGUGCCUCUCGCUGUGGACACAAUGAAAGAUAAAAUACAAGCACAGUGUGCUGCUCGGGAAGGAGACAGCUGUUCACUGUGGAUGAAAAAUGAACGUUACCAGAGAUGUGCAGCAUGAUUCAGGUUGUCUGCAAUGCAGCCAGUUCAGAUACACUUUAAACUGAACUACCGUGGCUGUGCAAGAUCUGGUAGCUGACUGCUGAAGGACGUGAACUGAAUCUUGUCACAGUGUGAUGGCCUACACAAUGUGACAUCCCAGAAGAACUGGCAAAGUGCGGGGAAACAAUGUCCACUGUAGGUCUGUUGCAUACGUAAUCACUCACUCACAGAACAACUUGUUUCAGCUGUCCUUUUACGUUUUCAGAAUGCAUUGCGAGUUUGCAGGCUCACUCAUCCUCGAGGCGUAAUUUUAAAAUGUCUUUUGAGGUCGCCCAUACUGUAUUGUCUGCUUCAGGGAUGCACUCACUCUCAGGAGCACGGUUAGGAACUCGCGCACUGGCAAGACAUAACACUGACACUGGACGCAGGCUGUGAAUUUGUAGGAUAUAGGAGAGCCCUAACGUCUCUGAGCUUUCUUAUAAAUCAGGAGCACCACAUCUCACUUGCCACACUCUUCACUGUAAAGAAGAAAGUAUUCAAGUAUCUAGGGAGCGUUACUUCUUUGAUACAGUAUGUCUUCUGAUAAUCUAUAUCACUUUAGUAAUGCGGAUCAUAAACAGAUUAGAUUUUUCCACUUAAAGUUAACAGUAAUAGAUUAGCAAUGACAGCGGUGAUCACAGCUGGCCAAAUGUUCAAACUGUUAUCAGUAUGAGUUGUGUCAAAGGCUGGAACCUCGGAAGAAGUGCUUCAAAUAUUUGACCUUUUCACUAUUUGUUGCAUCCAUUUUUGUUUUUAUAAUGUUGCAAAUGUGCGUUAGAAGCAGAGAAAAAAACUCAACGCAUGAUAUUGGUUGUGUGUGUUUUUUUUAACUAAACUGUUUUAUAGCACUUUCUUCUGUUGACGUUGUUAUGAAUUUAGAAUUCAGUUCAUAAGAUGUUUAAAUCUUGGCAGCAAUAAUAAACUGGAUUCAAGCAAUGGGGGCCCUUCAGCAGAUAUACGAAUGAGAUCAUACACAGCAUUAGGUAAUUAUUCCAUCCAUCCUUCAGGUUGUGGAUGAGUGGAAGAAAACCACCUUGUGUCAGUGAUGUUCGUAAAGGGAGAGUUCACUUGCUUAACGAGAUAUCUGUAAGCCUUGAAAGUACUGUAAAUACUGUAGGUCUGUGAGGAGCUAAUUAACUAAACGUUAAUUUUGGAAGCAAUACAAGAGGAACCAAUGUUUUCUCGAAGCGUACAGCCCGGUACUGCUGCGAGAAUAAGCAGAUUGUGCAUAAUAAUCACCGCACUGUGGUUGUUGUCCACCAAAUAAACGAAGCUGUAGAAACAAAUACCAUUUCAAAAUAUUUGCACAUGCACGUUUCAUACUCCAAACGAGCUUUCGUCUAGAGUUUCGUUGGCUGACCGCGAGUGUGUCGAGCAUUACAGUCUGCUAGACAUCCUUUCACCCAGAUGACGUUUCACCAACACUUUGCCUACUCAGCUCAAAUGGUACAUUUAAUAUAGCCAGAUGAUUGUCCACAGCCACACCAGACCCCCAACCACUUUAAUUCUUUCUUCUCUUUCUGGAUAACGGCUGUCAGCGAGCAAUGUUUUGUGAGGACAUUUUCAAUUUGAUUGUUUGCAUUAAUCAACGUGUCCAUUUAAAAAAAAAAAAAAAAUCUGUUUUUGGCUGUAUAAAAAUCCACCUGAAACAGCGUUUAGAUCCCAUAAAACUAAAGCUCAGGAUGCAUCUAUAUUAAUGGAAUAUAGUAAAAUAUAUUUGUGUUGAAUUUGAUGAGAAAGUCAUAAUCAAUACCUGGUAAGGAUUUACUGUAGGUGAACAGUGAGUUGUUAAUAAAUAUUAAAGAUAGUAUGUAAUUGAACUACAUCAUGCUGUAGGUAGACGACAUUAAAAGGCUGGUGUCUGAGUUUUACCUGAACUCAAUGUCAGUAUGACAAGUUGGGUAACUCGUAUAUCCCCAUAUUCUAAAUAUGAGUGGCAAAUAAAGCAGUCCGAUGGGAUGGGUCUUUUUGUUUUGUACAGAAACUGUUUUAAUAAAUCACUGGUGUUAGUUGCAGGUAUAAAACUUUGUGCCAUUUCCCCGGCAUGAUACCACACUGUGCUGGUCAGCUUCUGAUCAACUCUCCUCACGGCAUCUUAGUUUAGUGGAAACCUGUGGGGGGACUGGGACGUAUGAGACCCUCUGCUUGGGUUUUUUUCGGAUGUCUCGUCGUCAUCAGCAUACAGCCUUUACCCAGCGCUUGUGUCAUCCCUCCACAUGUACUUCUUUGCAGAUGUGCACAUGCUAUAAUAAGCUAUGGAUCGUAACAGAGUUUUAUUUUCCAAUGUGUAUUUAAUAAACUUUGAGCGAA